CUCGAUCCGCAGGUUGUGUUCGCCUGUCUGGCAGUGGCGACGGCGCGCGCCGGAAUCGCGCAUGGACCUGGCUACGCUCUGGCCGGAGGUCAUGGCGGUUACGGAGGCGUUGGCCUCGCAGGAGUUGGCCUGGUCGGCGGAGGUGCUAGUCUCUCUGGUGGUCUGGCAGCUGGUGCCGGCAGCGCGAGAUCCCUCCAAGAGGGUGCCUCCAGCUUGGGAUCCUCCGCUCUUGGUGCCAGCUACGCCGCUGGAUCCGCGGCGGCGGCUGGAGCUGCUGGUGUUCAACAGAUUGUCUCUGGUGGAGUGAUCGGAGGCAGGGCUGACAUUGGACCGGCCGAAGGACCCAAGGCUAACGUUGGACCCCAGAGCGGACCAUCUGACAGCGUUGGACCCCAAGAAGGUGCCAAGAACGUAGGUGGACCACGUACCGGCCCAGCUGGUCUCGUAGGACCUGCCACCGGCCCAUUCACCUCCGUGGGUGCAUCCGCUGGUACCUCCACCCUCGUUGGACCGUCCCAGGGUGCCGCUAACUUGGUAGGACCAUCCGUGGGAGUUGUAUCCUUCUACGCCGGAAGUGGCAACAUCAACGGUGAUGACGGAAGCUCUGGAUCCGCUGCCGCUGCCGCGCCUGGUGGCCUCGCUGGUCCAGCUCUCGGUCUCGGUGGUGCUGGUGCCAUCGCUGUUGUGGGUGGUGGUGCCGCCGGAUACGGCGCUGGCCUUGGCGGACACGACGGUGGUGUUGCUGUGAUCAACGGACCGUCUGGCGCCAUCCACGCUGGACUCGGCUCUCACGGAGCUAUCAUCCCCGGGGCACUCGGCAAGUACUAGACGUUCUAAGGCCCCAGCGAUCUCGGCUCGGCGACGGCGGCAAACCCACCACAGUCACUUACCGGUCUCAAACGAUCCUCAAACGCGCUCAACGUCUUCUUCCCAAAGCUUGGUCCAACCUAGGAACAUGGUUAUAGCGCCGGCGUUAGUGGUGUAGUCGGUAUAUAGUCAGAAUAUUCUAAUCACAAAGUCGGUAUAUAUCGAGACACGGUGUGAAAGCGCGUGUUGAAAGUCGAGGAAACGGCUGCAUUUCGACGACCCGCCAUCGGCUCGGAUCACGGGCUCAGAUCUCGGCAAAGUGUUGCAGCACACCGUGGCCCCGGGCCAUUCGUGAUCCGCGGCUCUCGUUCGUUCCUCCUCGUCGAGGAGACUCGCGACUCGUCCCCCUCGAUCGCAAGACGAGGCACGGAAAAAAAAUUUUAGUCAAUUUUCUUUAUACUUCAUCAUGUAUAUCGCGAUCGCGACGGAGG